AUGAUUUCAUUUUAUGGUUGCAUCACACAGGUAUUUUUCAUUAUAUGGGCCUUGGGGUCAGAAAUGCUACUUCUUUCAUUUAUGGCUUUUGAUCGCUAUGCUGCCAUCUGUCACCCUUUGCAUUAUACCAUUAUCAUGAGGAAAGAGGUGUGUAUUUUCAUAGCAACCAUUGUAUGGAUUGCUGGAAUGAUAAACUCGGCAGUACAUGCUGGACUUAUGCUGCACGUUUCAUUUUGUGAUUCCAAUGUCAUCAAUCAUUUCUUUUGUGAUAUCCCUCCAAUGUUGAAUCUUGCAUGCUCAGACACCAGUAUAAAUCAAUUUAUGACCAUGCUUGCAAAUGUAGUAUUUGGGAUUUGUAGCUGUGGGUUGACUCUAACUUCUUAUUGUUUUAUACUGAGGAGCAUCUUCAAGAUCCAUUCUGCUGAAGGGAAGAAGAAAGCAUUCUCCACAUGUUCCUCACAUCUCAUUGUAAUCAGUCUUUACUUUACUGCACUAAUCUACACAUACAUCAGGCCCUCUUCAGUGUAUUCCCUGGACAAAGACAAGCUUGUGUCUCUCAUUUAUUUGGUGAUAACUCCAGUUAUUAACCCAAUCAUAUACUCACUGAGAAAUAAAGAUUUUAAAGAAAGAAUGAAAAUUCUCACAGGUUAUCUAAGGUUGCUUCCAAAACCUUAA